CUAGGGAGGUAACGGCAGCGAGAGGCAAAACAAGAUAGAUAAAGCCAUUGCCCUUAUAAAUUAAUUAAAUUAGAUAUCCAGGAGGAUUGUUGUGCGAUCGCCCAGCUUCUAAGAACCAGAAGAGACCGUCUGCAGCUUGCGUAUAUGUAGACUUUGUCAGAAGUCUGCCACCAUGACAGCUGAGGAGACCAUCAACAUAAAGGAGGUGGAGAUCAUUAAGGUGAUUCUGGACUUCCUGAACUCACGGAAGCUGCACAUCAGCAUGCUGGCCCUGGAGAAGGAGAGUGGAGUAAUCAAUGGUCUCUACUCAGAUGAUAUGCUAUUCCUCAGGCAGCUUAUUUUAGAUGGACAGUGGGAUGAGGUGCUGCAGUUUAUUCAGCCUCUGGAGUGUAUGGAGAAGUUUGACAGGAAAAGAUUCCGCUACAUUGUACUUAAGCAGAAGUUUCUGGAAGCUCUCUGUGUAAAUAAUGCCAUGUCAGCUGAGGAUGAGCCACAGCAUCUGGAACUAACCAUGCAGGAAGCUGUAAAAUGCCUCCAUGCUUUGGAAGAGUUCUGUCCCUCCAAAGAGGACUACAGCAAACUCUGCCUCCUCCUGACCCUCCCUCGUCUUACCAACCAUGCUGAAUUUAGGGAUUGGAACCCAAGCACAGCACGCGUACGCUGCUUUGAGGAGGCAUGUACCAUGGUGGCCGAGUUCAUCCCAGCUGACCGCAAGUUGAGUGAGGCAGGUUUCCGGGCUGGUGCAGACCGCUUGUUUCAGCUGCUGGUCAAGGGCGUGCUGUAUGAGUGCUGUGUUGAGUUCUGCCAGAGCAAGGCUACAGGCGAGGAGAUCAGUGAGGCCGAGGUGCUGCUGGGCAUCGACGUGCUCUGCGGCAAUGGCUGUGACGAACCUGACCUCAGUCUUCUGUCAUGGCUGCGGAACCUGGCACCUAGUGUCUUCUCAUGUGCCUUUGAGCAGAAGGUGCUCAACGUGCAUGUUGACAGAGUGGUUAAACCAGUAAGAGCAGCCCACGCUGACCUGCUCACACCGCUUGUCAGCAAACUCUCGCCAUGCCCUGCUUCUCCUUUGCGCCGCCCACAGUCAGCCGACACCUACAUGUCACGCUCGCUCAACCCAGUGCUAGAUGGCCUUGCCUAUGGCCUGUCUGGCCUAGAGAGAAGAGGAGGGACUAGAGCCACUGAGAUGGGGAAAGCAUCACCCAUGUCACAUUCUUUUGCCAACUUCCAAUACCCUGGGGGGCAGAAUCUGAGCCGGAGUCUGAUGAUGGAGGAGUCACAAUGCCAAAGCAUCUUUGAGGAGUCACCUGAGAGCUCCAGAACUGAAACUCCCUCAGAUAAAAUGAUGAGCUUAAGCGGUUCCCAGAACUCUCGCCCAGCCUCUGCACCAGGUCAGGAUGCCCCAGCAACCACUUCUGCAGAGAAGAAUGAGUUGCGUGACUCGAUGGAACAGUAUCAGGAGUACUAUAGGCAGCGCUUACGUGUACAGCAGCACCUGGAACAGAAACAGCAACAGAGGCAGCUGUACCAACAGAUGCUGCUGGAGGGUGGAGUCCAGCAGCAGGAGACGUCACCCUCUGCCAAGCACAACCUCACUGAGACCUUCCUCAACAGAUCCAUUCAGAAGCUGGAGGAGCUGAAUGUUGGAAUGGAUGAUCUAGGUGAGGAAGUGCAGGCUCUCUCUCUGCAGUGUAAUGGUGGAGAAGCAGAGGCAGGAAUAACUUCAGGGAGUGCCACAGACACAGCACUUCAUCAAGAUGGGGCAGGGCUUAGCAGCAGCACUCCUCAGAGAAACAGUGGACGAGCGGCUGUUCCACCUCCCACAGAGUCCCCAGUGCUACCAUGUAGUGUUCAGAAGGAGAAAGGAGGACAGAGUGAUGUCAGCAUGACACGCACUAAAGGAAUAGAGGGAGAUAAGUCCAAGACCAAGUUUGCUGCAGUGAGUACUUUGGAGGAUACACAAGCCGUGCGUGCUGUGGCCUUCCACCCAUCAGGGGCAUUCUACGCUGUGGGCUCCAACUCCAAAACUCUGCGGGUCUGCGCAUACCCUGACACACUCGACACUAGUGGUGCCCCUAAACCCCCAGUGGUGCGCUUUAAGAGAAAUAAGCAUCAUAAAGGUUCUAUUUACUGUGUGGCUUGGAGCCCCUGUGGCCAACUUCUGGCCACUGGCUCCAAUGACAAAUAUGUCAAAGUGCUGCCUUUCAACACUGAAUCCUGCAAUGCCACAGGUCCUGAUCUGGAGUUCAGUAUGCAUGAUGGGACUAUUCGCGACCUGGCCUUCAUGGAAGGGCCUGAGAGUGGAGGAUCCAUCUUGAUCAGUGCUGGGGCAGGAGACUGUAACAUCUACACUACUGACUGCCAGAGAGGACAGGGGCUUCAUGCUCUAAGUGGACACACAGGCCACAUACUGUCACUGUACACAUGGGGAGGCUGGAUGAUUGCAUCUGGUUCACAGGAUAAGACUGUGCGUUUCUGGGACCUACGUGUUCCCAGUUGCGUGAGAGUCGUAGGGACAGCUUUCCAUGGAUCAGGUGGGCAUCCAUUCGCUCAUGGUAGCCCAGUAGCCUCAGUGGCGGUGGAUCCCAGUGGACGUCUACUAGCCACAGGCCAGGAGGACAGUGCCUGCAUGCUGUAUGACAUCAGAGGGGGGAGGAUGGUGCAGACAUAUCGACCUCACUUGAGUGAUGUGCGUUCAGUACGCUUCUCUCCUGGAGCUCACUACUUGCUUACUGGCUCCUAUGACACAAAGGUCAUCACCACAGACCUACAAGGAGAUCUGACAAAGCAGUUGCCAUUGACUACAGUAGGAGAGCACAGUGACAAAGUAAUCCAGUGCAGGUGGCACCCACAGCACCUCUCCUUCCUCUCCUCAUCUGCUGAUCGCACGGUCACCCUCUGGACUCACAACACAUAGAGCCGUCUCUGACCACACAUCUCACUCUACUGACAAAACUCCCUAGUUGGAUGAAACCGUAAAUAGCGUGUGUCUGUUUUAUUAUUUCUGUAUUCUUUUUUCUCCUUGCUCUGUGACAGCCUCUCUUCCUUGCCUCUUCUUUCUCAAUAUUGUAUGAAUAGUUGUUUUUGCACAUGCUACAUGGUUCCCGGUGAUUUCAGUGUUACCUAUCAGCAGAAUAAUAGGUACUGUUCUAUUAAUUAAAAAAGUACAAAAGUUAAUCGGUCAAAAUAGCACAUGUACAGAGCACUCCCUAAUUAAAUGAGUGAAGCUACAUGAUUUCUAAAAUGCUAAAUAAUUUGUUUCUGCUGUCAAAUGCAUACAUAACAUGUUCUCUUAUGUUUUAUAGGCAAUGAAAAAAGCCAGCAAAUCUCAUUAUCACAUGACACAAACAAUUUGUGUUGGGCAUACGUACUGCAUGUUGUCAGAUUUCUCAGAGUCCCAUGAGUUUGUCUUCCAUUUUUAUAGUGCACUGUUGCCUGUAUUCAUUGUCCAGUUACAUAACUGACUUUCACUGUAGUCUUGCAAACGUCUGUUAGUUUUUUAAUUGUAAAAACAAUCCUGAUCAAAAAAGGCAGAGGCUUUUUGCAUCUGCAUGAAAAUAGAAAUGUAUACAUUUUGAAGGCAAGUCAGUCAAUGACAGUUCUGUAACCUGGUAUUUUUCUAUCACAUACUUCUUAAUGUUAGCUAUCUUGCUAGAGUCACAUAUCUAUCGCUUUAAAUGUAACAUUAGCUGAGCUAAUUACAUUACUGGCAAUGUUGUUAAAUAAUGAUGUACCAAUUCUGUUCGGCAUGCACACCUGUUUAGAAAAAAAAAAAUCUGUCUGUCUCCAAUCAUUCUGAAUGUCAAAGCUGGAGAUGUGACUCAUACCACCAGAUCAUCUGUGCUGUCAUUUGACUCCAAUCAAACCCUUCAUCUGAAAACCUGGGGAAAAUUGGAGAUAAAAUUCUAUAGUACAUAUCAAGCUUUUGGCAAAAUAGCAUUAAAAAUUAAUAAAUCAAUCUCAAACUAGGAGAGUCAGAGGCUUUCCAAUAUUUUUAAGCAUAUUAUGGCUGGUAAAGGUACACAUAUAUAGUUGUGCAAGAUGGUCAGUGGAUUGAUACAAGCAACAGCCAAUGACAGCACAAGGAGGGGAAGGAAGAAAAAUGGUGAAGAGAUGUAUGACCAGUGCACUGCACAGAUAGAGGACAAAAUUUGUGAAUGAAACUUUGAGAACCCUGAGAACGAAUUUCCAGUGACCUCCCAGACAUCUUUGUCCAGAGUUCUCAGCUCUGUUUCUUAUGUAAAAAGGCAUAGACUAGUUCAAGAGGCAGUGUAUUUAGCUCCUCUUUUUCUUUUCUUGUGUGAUUUAUCAGAUUGCAUUGAUUCCUGUGAGAUCUGUAAUGCUAAGGAGUUGUUUAGUUUAUGAACGCUGUGAAGAAAAGUGUAAUAUCCCAUGACCAAUUUCUAAAUGUCAGCCUUUUACAAGUCAUGCAGUGUAUGCACAUCGUAAAGGAAGAUCAGACUGGUGGCCUGAUCUUACCAUUGAAGUAAGAGCAGCUUGUCCACAUCCAAACCCUGCUGUGAGGUGUUUUUAAUGUUUACGCAUUUUUAAUGUUUCCCUGCUCUUUCCCCAAAACUGUUAACUGUAUCUGUCAGGCCCAAUCAAGUCAUUAAACAUAAAAGUAACAAAUUCUGAAGUGUGUAAAACCACAUGCCACAGAUACCCAUAUUCUGUCCAAGCCAUGUAAAUAGAUGUUUCUGUGUGCUGUGCAUUUCGUAUGGUGCCUUGGUUCAUGGGUUAUUUGGAAAGCUUUAUGAUACACUUAGCCAUUCUAGAAAACCAGCUAGUGAGAAAUCACUAGGAUUGGGGUCAAUUCCAUCCAGUUCUUUUCAACAUAUCCAAGAUUCAGCUGCUAUAAUUUAAACCAACCUCUUCAUAAUAUACUGUUAUCUUUUAAUUAUCCUUUGGACAUGUCCUUACAAUCUGGAAAGCUCUGCAUGAACAAAACUAAAUGAGUGAUGCAAUAUAAUUUAAUGCAUUCAUUUCUUAAUCUUCAAUAGCCACUUUAACCACCAGACCUCAUCCCUGGAACACAAUGGAGCAUGAGGGAGAAAUCUACUUUGGAUGGAAUACCAGUCCAUCCCAUGGCACCAUGCAAACACAUGCAUUCACGCCCAGGGCAUCGCUAAAUCUACCUGAUGGCAUGUUUUGGAAGGUGGGCAGUAACCCACAAGGACAUGGGGAGAACAUUUGAAACCCCACACAGACAGCAACUAGAGCUCAGAAUGGAACCGGGGCCCAGGAGCUGUGAGGCAACAAUGUUACCUACUGUGCCACCCUAAAUAAUUACAUUUAAUAAUAAUAGUAAAAGGUGGAUUGUCUAUUUGCCUCUAGGUGUGAAUGUGUGUGUGGAUUGACACUGGUUCCACCUUAACCCUCAUAAUAAUAAUGCUGUGGUGGGAUAAUUGUGUAACAUAGUGUUUGUGUCUCACCGUGUAUGUUCCUACCAAGUGUUCCCUGAAUAGGCUUCAGAUUCAAUGCAAACCUCAGCAGGAUAAAUCAGUUAGGAUAACUGGCAAUGAACAGAUUGAAUUGACACCCACUGGAAAAGAAACAGUGAUGAAAAGUGGUCAUAAAUAGUAACUAUCCUCUUAUUGAAAACAGCACACAAUGUUUUGCUGCUGUGUGCUAAAUAGAAAACAGCAUUCAGGAAAAAGAAAAUGUACAUUUUGUGAUCAACGGUGUUAAAUUUUUUUUUACUUUAUAUGCAAGUAGACUGUCAUGAACUAUACUGUUACUGAAUUACUUUCUGUAUGAAUGUAAAUCCUGUGGGGUUUUUUUGUGUGUGUGUGUUUUGCUAUUGGCUGAAAUGCAGCACUUUUGCCUGAAAGAUAGUGUGUGUACAUCUCUUGUGAAUGGCUAUAAAAUCACUAUUUGUAAUCAAAGCACUAUUCUGUUAAAAAUGUUGAAUUCGGAUAAUGACGAAUUUGUCAUUUUACAUUUAACCCCAAAAUUGAAUGUUAUCCUGAUUUUAUUUCCUAGGUUGUCAGAGUUACAGUAACAUAUUAACAUAUUUAUUUUAACAUUUCUG